AUGCAAGUUGAUACUAAACUACUCACCUAUACCCAAUCUAUUGAGCCCUGUAUGAGAUACUUCCCCACAGUUGCUUCUCGAAGAUUGAGUGGUCUGCUUUUCAGUGCUCCUAGAAUUUUUCCAGCACGUAAUUUCGCCACUACUGUUCCAUACCUUUAUAAGGAUUAUUCUACAGGAUCACCUGCUGAACGUUAUAGCGGUAAAUUAUUUGAAAGAGCUAGACAAGAAGGGUUUGAUUCUAUCGAAGAGUUUUUAGAGAAUAAGAAAGCCUCUAUUGACGAGAAAAAGAAAGAACUGACCAGAAUAGAUCCUUUGAAGGAAUUAGAGGAAUACGAACAACGUAUGAUGAUGUCUCAAAAUAAUGCAGGUUUAACUAAAUCUAAGGGUCCUGUUAAUGCAGCUGCAGAAAGAGUACCUUAUAAGACAUUAGAUUCAUUUAUUAAAGUGGAUAAAUUCAGUGAGUUAUCGAAGCAGGAAGUCGAAUUUCUAUGGAGAGCUAAAUGGAUGGGUAAAGACGAUUCGUUAUGCGCAGUGGCACCAGCUGAUGUGUUUGAGAAAAUGACCAAGACAGCCAAAGAAAAUCCAGUGUUUGUACUGCCUUUGCCUCGUGUUAUGGAGGGUGAAACUAAGGAUGGCGAACCUAAUGAAGGCAGCGAAUUACACUAUAUUCAAUGGCAAUUUGUGGGUCCCAAUACCACCCACUGUAUGAUUACGUCUUUGGCCGAGUACAAGUUGCAUAAGGAUUUCGCAAGACCUCAUACUGUGGUACAAUUCCAUUCUGAUCUCGCAAAGGAUAAGGGUUUAGUGCUGAUGAACGGACAUGUUGAGAAGGACACUAACGUAACCCUACAAGAUUCUCAGUUAUUGUUAUUAAAUAUUCAAAGAUUUUACGGUGCAGUUAACGAUCAAACUCCGAUUGAACAACAGAGGUUGAGAAUGUUAAAAGCUUUCACUAAGGGAUCUCCAGAUUUCAACAUUGAAUUAUUGAUCUCCUUGGCUCAAGCCAUGGAAACUUGA